AUGAGUGAUUCAGGUCUUGAACAAAUCCUCAAUGUCAUCCUAGAAAUCAUUUGUGCCAAUUUGUCGGCCGAAUCUUGUUCCCCCUACAACCCAUUACAUGAAAUGAAGCUUGAAGCAGUAAAAGAACAGGUUAUUGCCUUGAUACGUGGGCACAUCAGCAACGUUGCAGACCCAGUCGCAGCCGAGUCACUUGAAAAUUCCUUCGAACAAGUUUUACGUGCUAUGGAAGCAAUGAAAAUGGGCAUCAAAUUCGCCGGAAUAAUUGGUGGUCAAGUUAAGCACGAUCUCUGGUCUCGACUUUUGCACGUAAAUUCAGUGGCAGAUUUGAUCGCGAUGUACGAUGAAGAGCAAAUGUGUGCCGUGUGUUUGUCAACAGAGAUCUCACCCAACACCAACUUCGCCGUACUGGCAAGCUGCCCACAUAUCUUUUGUGUGCCUUGCAUUUCGGAGUGGGGGAAAACUCGGCAGACCUGUCCCUUGUGUCGUCAAGUAGGUGAGACUUACACCGAUAGAGAUUCGUUCCUGAUCUUUAAGGAAGCUCAAAGCGAGGUGGAGGCCGGGAUACAGAAGCCCUGUAAGUCAUCACAGAAGAAGAAAAAAAAUUCACGGCGCCGAAAAGUCAACGGUGCGAAAGCCAGCGCUCGGAAACAACGAAAAAGACGAACCUGA